GCCCGCCGAGCCGGGGGAGGGGAGGCAAGAUGGCGGUGGCAGUGGCGCUGAGGUUGAGGUGAGACGCUGCGACUGUUCAGCCCCAUCAGAACCUGCCGCCCGGCCCGCCCCAGCGCCGCGCCGUCGGCGGUUUCCUAGAAACAUGAUUGCUUGCUGGUCUUGAUCUCACAGCUUUGUGAAGACUUCUUCUCUGAUAAUGUCAAGUUCAGGCUACCCUCCUAACCAAGGAGCAUUCAGCACAGAACAGAGUCGUUACCCUACUCACUCUGUCCAGUACACCUUCCCCAGCACCCGGCACCAGCAGGAGUUUGCAGUUCCUGAUUACCGCUCGUCUCACCUGGAGGUCAGUCAGGCAACACAGCUCCUGCAGCAGCAGCAGCAACAGCAGCAACAGCUUCGGCGCAGACCUUCCCUGCUUUCUGAAUUCCACCCAGGCUCUGACAGGCCUCAGGAAAGGAGAACUGGAUAUGAACAGCAAUUUCAUCCAGGUCCAUCUCAGACAGAUCAUGAUUCUCUGGAAUCUAAGCGACCACGUCUUGAACAAGUCUCUGAUUCCCAUUUCCAGCGUGUCAGUGCAGCUACUGUUUUGCCUUUAGUACAUCCUCUGCAGGAAGGGUUGAGAUCUGCAGAUAUUAAGAAGGACCCAGCUUUUGGAGGGAAGCAUGAGGGACCAUCUUCUCCAAUUUCUGGUCAGCCUUGUGGAGAGGACCAAAAUGCUUCACCUUCAAAGCUGUCAAAAGAAGAAUUGAUCCAGAGCAUGGACCGUGUAGAUCGCGAGAUUGCGAAGGUUGAACAGCAAAUCCUCAAACUGAAGAAAAAGCAACAACAACUUGAAGAAGAAGCUGCUAAGCCUCCAGAGCCAGAGAGGCCUGUCUCCCCUCCUCCAGUGGAACAGAAACACCGCAGUAUUGUCCAGAUUAUCUAUGAUGAAAAUCGGAAAAAAGCAGAAGAAGCUCACAAGAUUUUUGAAGGUCUUGGCCCAAAAGUUGAACUGCCACUUUACAACCAGCCAUCAGACACGAAGGUCUACCAUGAAAACAUCAAAACAAACCAAGUGAUGAGAAAAAAGCUAAUACUGUUCUUUAAAAGAAGAAACCAUGCAAGGAAACAACGGGAACAGAAAAUCUGUCAACGUUAUGAUCAGCUGAUGGAGGCAUGGGAGAAGAAAGUUGACAGGAUAGAGAAUAAUCCACGCAGGAAAGCUAAGGAGAGCAAAACAAGAGAGUACUAUGAAAAACAAUUUCCAGAAAUCCGGAAGCAAAGAGAGCAGCAAGAACGAUUCCAAAGAGUUGGUCAGAGAGGGGCUGGUCUUUCAGCAACUAUUGCUAGAAGUGAACAUGAGAUCUCUGAAAUCAUUGAUGGGCUUUCGGAGCAGGAGAAUAAUGAAAAGCAAAUGCGGCAGCUCUCUGUCAUUCCUCCCAUGAUGUUCGAUGCAGAACAGAGACGAGUGAAGUUCAUUAAUAUGAAUGGUCUGAUGGAGGAUCCCAUGAAAGUUUAUAAAGACAGACAGUUCAUGAACGUCUGGACAGACCACGAGAAAGAGAUCUUCAAGGAAAAGUUUGUCCAGCAUCCCAAGAACUUUGGUCUGAUUGCGUCCUACUUGGAACGAAAGAAUGUUCCUGACUGUGUAUUAUAUUAUUAUUUGACCAAGAAAAAUGAAAAUUACAAAGCCCUUGUACGGAGGAAUUAUGGCAAACGCAGAGGAAGAAACCAGCAACAAAUUGCUCGUCCUUCUCAAGAGGAAAAAGUAGAAGAAAAGGUAGAAGAGGAAAAAACAGAAAAAACAGAGAAAAAAGAAGAGGAGAAGAAAGAUGAGGAGGAAAAAGAUGAGAAGGAAGAAUCUAAAGAGAAUACCAAAGAAAAGGACAAAACUGAAGUUACAGCAGAGGAAACAGAGGAAAGGGAGCAGGCCGCUCCUAGGGGCCGAAAAACUGCCAAUAGUCAAGGUCGUCGUAAGGGCAGAAUCACCAGAUCAAUGACAAAUGAAGCUGCACAAGCAAACGCUGCUGCAGCUGCAGCCACUGAAGAACCACCACCACCUCUUCCACCCCCACCAGAACCUUCUUCUGCAGAGCCCGUGGAGACAUCUCGGUGGACAGAAGAAGAAAUGGAAGUUGCUAAGAAAGGCCUGGUGGAACACGGCCGGAAUUGGGCAGCGAUCGCCAAAAUGGUUGGGACAAAAAGCGAAGCUCAGUGUAAGAACUUCUACUUCAACUAUAAAAGGAGACACAACCUGGACAGCCUCCUCCAACAGCACAAACAGAAGUCUUCACGAAGGCCCCGUGAGGAGCGAGAUGUAUCACAGUGUGAGAGUGUAGCCUCGACUGUGUCAGCUCAGGAGGAUGAAGAUAUUGAAGCAUCUAAUGAAGAAGAGAAUCCAGAAGACAGUGAAGGUGCUGAAAAUAGUUCUGAUACAGAAAGUGCUCCAUCUCCAACCCCAGCAGAACCUGCUAAACCAACUGAAGAAACUCCAUCUGAGAGUGCUGCUCCGAAAGUAACCACUGAGGCAACAGCAGAGCAAGAAUCUACAAUUAAACCAGCACCCAGCACAUCUCCCUCAGCAGCCCAAAGUGUGGCAACAGCUGAAAGUCAGACCCCUGAGCCACAGGUUAAGGAAGAAGUAAAUAAUGAAGCAGAAGAGCCUAUGGAGGUUGACAGUAGAAGCCAUCCAGUUGAAGCUAAACCUGUGAUUACUCUUCCAGUGCAUACCAAAGUAGAGCCUGUAGAGACUGAGAUGAGGCUACCAGAGAACAUUCAAGUGAAAAUAGAGAGUGAUACCAAAGAGAGAGAGGUGGAGAAACCCAAGGAAAAGUCAGAACCAGAGGAAAUGGACUAUAGCUUGUCACAAGUUAAUACAGCAAGACAGGAGUCCCAUUCAGACAACGAUUCAAGUGCCACCUGUAGUGCUGAUGAGGAAGUUGAUGGAGAACCUGACAGACAAGGUAUCUUCAUCAGGGAGUCAAAGCCCUCACUGUUAAAUCCCACUGGGUCGAUACUGGUAUCAUCCACGAUAAAGCAAGGGCAGAUGGACCUGCAACAGCUUCACCACCGAGCUGCUGUCAUUCCACCUAUGGUGUCUUGCAGCCCCUGUACUGUCCCUGUGGGCACCCCAGUGAGUGGUUAUGCGCUCUACCAACGGCACAUCAAAGCAAUGCACGAGUCAGCGCUGCUGGAGGAGCAACGCCAGAGGCAAGAGCAGCUGGAUAUGGAGUAUCGAAGUGCCGUGAGCCCUUGUGGCACUUCCAAGAGCCCUAGUGUUGAAUGGGAAGGAAAAGCAGUGGCCUAUAUGCCUUACGCUGAGGUCAAGCGAGCAAUAGAACAGGAAGCACAGGUGCAGAACACAGCAACAAGGUCAGCAUCACCAUACAGGCUGUCUCCAAGAGAAGUCAAUAAAGCUUCUCCCCAGCCUGAGCUAAAUGCAGCUCGCUACAGUGUCCCACCAGUUCUCCAGCCGGCACCUCACCAAGUAAUAACCAAUAUACCUGAAGGAGUUCGCCUGCCAACAACCAGACCCACCAGACCACCACCACCACUCAUUCCAUCCUCCAAAACAAGUGUGCCAUCAGAAAAACCUUCCUUCAUCAUGGGAGGCUCAAUUUCACAAGGAACACCUGGCACUUACUUAACAUCCCAUAGUCAAGCUUCCUAUGCCCAGGAAACUGCAAAGCCAUCAGUGGGUUCUAUAUCUCUUGGGCUGCCAAGGCAGCAGGAGUCAGCCAAAUCUGCUUCCCUGCCCUAUAUCAAACAAGAAGAAUUCUCUCCCAGAAGCCAGAAUUCCCAGCCUGAGGGACUCCUGGUCAGGGCACAACAUGAAAGUGUGGUUCGAGGUACUGCUACGAUACAGGAGGGAAGUAUAACACGAGGAACUCCAACCAGUAAAGUUUCUGUUGAGACCAUUCCUUCUUUGAGAGGCUCCAUAACUCAGGGUACACCAGCUCUGUCCCAGUCUGGCAUAGCAGCUGAUGCAUUGCUGAAGGGAACCAUCACCCGGCUAGCUACAGAAGACAGCAGCCCAGAAAAGUGCCGAGAGGAAGCUUCAGCCAAAGGCCACGUUAUUUAUGAAGGCAAAAGUGGGCAUAUUUUAUCUUAUGAUGCUAUUAAAAAUGUUCGUGAAGGAACAAGGAGUCCAAGAACUGCUCAUGAAAUUAGUUUAAAGAGAAGUUAUGAUACAAUGGAAGGAAAUAUAAAGCAAGGGAUGUCAAUGCGAGAGUCCCCAGUGUCUGCACCGCUGGAAGGUUUAAUAUGCCGUGCACUGCCUAGGAGUAGCCCACAUGCAGAACUAAAAGAGAGAACAGUGUUGUCUGGCUCCAUAAUGCAAGGCACACCGAGAGCAACAGCUGAAAGUUUUGAAGAAGGCUUGAAGUACCCUAAGCAGAUUAAGAGAGAGUCACCUCCCAUAAGGACAUUUGAAGGAGCCAUUACUAAGGGGAAACCCUACGAUGGAGUCACUACUAUAAAGGAAAUGGGUCGGUCCAUCCACGAGAUCCCAAGGCAGGACCUGUUAAGCCAGGAGAGUCGCAAGACUCCCGAAAUGGUGCAGACGACCAGGCCAAUCAUAGAAGGCUCCAUAUCUCAGGGCACACCCAUAAAAUAUGAAAGCAAUUCUGGCCAGUCUGCCAUCAAACACAAUGUAAAAUCUUUAAUCACUGGACCAAGUAAGCUACCCCGUGGAAUGCCUCAGCUGGAAAUGGUGCCAGAAAACGUGAAGGUGGUGGAGCGAGGAAAAUACGAAGAUGUGAAGACCGGGGAUGCCGUGCGUUCCCGACACACCUCAGUAGUCAGCUCUGGUCCCUCUGUUCUCAGGUCAACUCUUCAUGAAACUCCCAAAUCACAGCUGAGCCCUGGGAUUUAUGAUGAUACCAAUGCUCGGAGGACACCUGUGAACUAUCAGAGUCCCAUGUCCAGGAGCUCGCCUAUGAUGAAUAGAGUUAGUGAAGCUGGAAUAUCCUCUGGGAAGCCAGCAAAUCAUGAAAGGAAAAACACACUGACUCCAACACAGAGGGAGAGUGUCCCAGCAAAAUCUCCGGUCCCAGGAGUUGAUCCUGUAGUGACUCACAGUCCCUUUGACCCUCACCACAGAGGAGCAACUCCUGAAGUCUAUAGGAGCCACCUUCCUCCUCACUUAGAUCCUGCUAUGCCAUUUCACAGGGCUCUGGAUCCUGCUGCUGCUGCUUACCUGUUCCAAAGGCAGCUCUCACCCACCCCCGGCUACCCCAGCCAGUAUCAGCUUUACGCGAUGGAGAACACGCGGCAGACAAUCCUCAAUGACUACAUUACCUCACAACAGAUGCAAGUCAAUUUACGUCCUGAUGUAACCAGAGGAUUAUCUCCUAGAGAGCAAACUUUAGCUCUCCCAUAUGCAGGAGCAAGAGGCAUUAUUGACCUGAACAACAUGGCUCCCACCAUCUUAGUGCCUCAUCCUGGAGGAACAAGCACACCACCCAUGGAGAGGAUCACCUACAUCCCUGGUACCCAGCUUACGUUCCCUCCCAGGCCUUACAAUCCUGCUUCUCUGUCACCUGGGCAUCCUACACACCUGGCAGCUUCUGCAGCUGCAAAUGCUGAAAGGGAACGGGAAAGGGAGAGGGAGAAGGAACGGGAAAGGGAGCGGGAACGUGAGCGAGAGCGGGAAAGAGAACGAGAGCGAGAGAGGGAGAGAAUUGCUUCAGUCCCUGCUGAACUUUAUCUUCGACCAGGUGCAGAGCAGCCUGGCAGACCUGGCAGUCACGGAUACGUUCGGUCCCCGUCCCCGUCGGUUAGAAGCCAGGAGAACAUACUGCAGCAAAGGCCUAGUAUUUUCCAAGGAACCAAUGGGACAAGUGUCAUCACACCUUUGGAUCCUGCUGCUCAGCUACGUAUCAUGCAGCUCACCCCUGGAGCUCCCUCCAUUACUCAAGGGUUGCCAGCUUCCCGUUACAAUACUGCUGCUGAUGCCCUUGCAGCACUGGUAGAUGCUGCAGCCUCUGCUCCUCAGAUGGAAGUUGCCAAAGCAAAAGAGAACAAGCACGAAGGAACCAGGAUAGAAGAGAACAUGGGUCGUCGGUCAGCUGUGGUAACUGAACAGCAGCAGAUGGAACAGAAGACACUGGAGGUAGAAAAGAGGCCUGUUCAGUGCCCCUAUACAUCUGCAAAUUUUUCUGGUGGAAAAGCCCAGGGACAGUCUUCAACAGUAGUCUAUUCAGAGGCUGGUAAAGAGAAAGGACCUCCCCCCAAAUCCAGGUACGAGGAAGAGCUGAGAACUCGAGGGAAGACCACAAUUACUGCUGCUAACUUCAUAGAUGUGAUCAUCACUCGCCAGAUUGCUUCAGACAAGGAUGCACGAGAUAGGGGCUCUCAAAGUUCAGAUUCUUCCAGUAGUUUAUCCUCCCACCGCUAUGAAGCUCCUGGAGAUGCCAUAGAGGUGAUCAGCCCUGCAAAUUCACCUGUACCUGCUCAAGAAAAGCUGCAGCCCUAUCAACAAGAGACACCUAAAGCAAGCCAAGCAGAGAAUGACCCAAACAGGCAAUAUGAGGGGACGAUUCACCGCUAUAGGACACCGCAGGAACCCCCUUCACCCCAACAACCUCCACCUCCCUCUUCCCAAGCAGAAGGGAUGGCACAUGUGCCCAGGACCCACCGACUUAUCACCCUUGCUGAUCACAUCUGUCAAAUUAUUACACAAGACUUUGCAAGAAACCAAGCAGCUACUCAGCCCUCUUUGCAGCCUCCCACCACUACAUUCCAGAAUUCCACCCCUGCUCCAACUCCUGUUGCUACCCGGGCAAAGACAUCGAAUCGCUACAGCCCCGAGGCACAGUCACCCUCUGUCCACCAUCAGCGGCCAGGUGCCAGAGUGUCACCUGAAAAUCUGUCUGACAAGUCCAGGGGAAGACCUGGAAAGUCUCCAGAAAGGAGUCAUGUCUCUUCAGAGCCCUAUGAGCCAAUCUCACCACCUCAGGUCCCAGUUGUGCAUGAGAAACAGGAAAAUGUCAUUUUGCUUUCCCAAAGAACUGAGCCUACUGAACAGAGGACUGACUCUCGCUCUCCAGGUAGUAUAAGCUACCUGCCUUCAUUUUUCACCAAACUGGAGAACACUUCACCCAUGGUAAAAUCCAAGAAACAGGAGAUAUUUCGAAAGCUGAAUUCAUCUGGUGGAAGUGACUCUGACAUGGCAACUGCUCAGCCAGGGACUGAAAUAUUCAAUUUGCCAGCAGUCACUACCUCAGGUGCAGUCAGCUCUAGGGGUCAUUCCUUUGCAGAUCCUGCCAGUAAUCUGGGUCUGGAAGACAUUAUUAGGAAAGCAUUGAUGGGAAACUUUGAUGACAAGAGUGAGGAACACGGAGUUGUCCUGUCCCAGUCGAUUGCGGUGGCACCUGGCAGUUCCAGUGCUGCAGUGUCAGCAAGUAAUGAGACACGCAGGGAAGAAGCCAACCCAUCACCAAAUUCAGGAGGAGGGGUCAGCAAGCAGAAGCUAAUUGGCAAGUCAAACAGCAGGAAGUCCAAGUCUCCAAUUCCUGGGCAAGGAUAUUUGGGAACUGAAAGACCUUCUUCUGUCUCAUCUGUACAUUCAGAAGGGGACUACCACAGACAGACUCCAGUGUGGGCCUGGGAAGAUAGGCCUUCAUCAACAGGUUCAACACAGUUUCCUUACAACCCGUUGACGAUGAGGAUGCUCAGCAGUACACCGCCAACAUCCAUUGCCUGUGCCCCACCGUCCAUGAGCCAAGCAACCACUCACCAACAGAACAGGAUAUGGGAGCGAGAGCCUGCACCGCUGCUUUCAGCACAAUACGAGACUCUGUCUGACAGUGAUGACUGAACUAUGCAGAUCUAUGUUUUGUUGUUGGUUUGUUGGGUUUUUUUUUUGUUGGUUCUUUUUUUUUUUGUUUGUUUGUUUAAUUUGCGGGUCAAAAACAAGAAGAAAAGAAAAAUAAAUCUAUUUUUGACUUGGUGCCCACAGAGACUUUCCAAGAGAGCAAAGGGCCACACAAUGAAGAAUUGCUGGAGUCCUGUUCAAUGCCUUCUGCACGGGCUGUGUGUCGGAGGAGCGUGAGCAAGAAGGUUGACUUACUAAAGAUAAAUAUGUAAAGAGUUUUUAAAAAUGUGGACUUAUUCCUGUUCUACAUCUAUUUGUAAAGAAAAAAAAACAAACCAUAAUGUCUUUAAAUCAUUCUUCUGUAAAUAGAGAGUACUUUUUGCAGUGGGUUUUUUUUUUCCCCCCCUUGCUAUAUAGUAUCUGGUGUACUUAUGUUCAAAUCAUUGCCUAAACUUUGGGGGUCAUUUUGUAAUUUUUUUUUUUUUUGGUUGGUUUUGUUUGUUUUUUAAAGCAUUUUCUCCAGUGUAGAGUUCUCUUCCUAACCCUAGCCCCCCCUACCAGCCUAACAACCACAACCCCAACCUCCCAACCAGCCUAGCAGCAUUACCCAUUUAUUGCCAUGCCACUUCUUGCAGGCAUUGUGCUUUUAUAUGGUUUCUUUUCCCCUCCUAGACACACUUUCUCAGUGGUGUGUUCAAGCUCUUGUGAAAAUGUUCAUUCUAUUUUUUUUUUUAAAGACUGACCCCUUAUUGAAUUCUGUACAUUAACAUAGUCCAGUUUGCUGGAAUAAGAUGAUCUAUUUCUUUGGGAAUUUUAAAUUCUGCCAUAUUGUAAAUUUCUGGGGGUUUUGUUUUGGGUUUUUUUUUUGGUGCAGUUGGUUUUAUUUAGCAACACUGCAGAACUAUUAUUGCAUGGGUAUGUUACGGUUCAUUUUUAAAAGGAUAAAAAGAAAAAAGGAAAAAAAAAAAGAGAAAACAGCUUCUGGAGGUAUACCUCACUGUUGUGCACACUGGGAAUUUUAACUGUGCCCCAAAAGCCUGUCUUAAGUCUUUUCUGUUUCUGCAUUGUAGGCAGUGAAAACAGGCUACUAAACCUUCCUCUCGUAUUUAACCACAGCUAAUGGCUUAUCUGCACAGAGGCCCUGGGUGGGUUGAUAAAUCCUUUGAGAAGAAAAAGCUCUACACCCCAAGUUGAAAUAAACCCAAAAGCUUUUCUAGAAUAAUUGAGCAACACAUCAGUCACCUACUUGGCUUCUGUUACAGGCAGUUGGAAAUAGGGACUGGGAGGUUUACCUUCAAAACCUUGUGUUAAUAAUCAAGUCUGCAUCCCAAUCCCCAGCCCUAUAAGCAAGCUUUUGGUGGAAGUCCCUACAGAUGCUUGGCUUAACUCCUGAAGUGUGCAAUACUUGGUAGGGUGAUUUGUAUUUUUUAAAUUGUAUAUGGUACUAGGAGAGUCUCCUUAAUCAUUCGUCUAUCAAUGCCUGCUUGUAGCUCAUGUAUCCAUGCAUCUGGUUAGUGAUCUCACAGGAUGUCCUGACAUCCAUCUUCAAAAGCAACUUCUCUUUUGCUGCACUGACCUCAGGAAGUGAAUUUAAAUCUGGGGUAGGAGGACUGAUUUACAGUAGCACUGAGUUGGGGGAGUGGCAUGGUCUGUCAGAUUCCAAACUGCUUUUGCAUCUCAAUGAUGAAUGGAGUCUUUGCCUUCAAGUUCUUUUCCAAGUCAAAGUGUUUUUAAUUUAGCUCAGCAUUUGCAAUACGCUGUGGAAGGUGCGAUGCAGCUAUGUAAACUUAAGCUGUGUGAGCUCUUCAUCUGAGGGAAGGACUGUAAUGGUCCAGUUACAAACAGGAAUAAAAGUAUAGAAGUAUCAAUAGUAAAUCUAGAAUGCUUGAUAGGAAAGCCUCAAGUGUGGUAAAGACAAAAUCCAAAGGAACUCAUUUGGAAACCUGACAGAGUGUUGCAAAUACAGAGUUAUUUUGCUACUUUAAAACACUGCACCAGAGCAGAGUCUUAAGUCUCUUUCUAGUCUUUAAGAAAGGCUUUUUUUCUCAUCCUUUACCCUUUUGGCUUAAAGCUUAAACCUCCUCUUUGUAGACCUGUGCUCUUACUUUAACUCUCUUGUUCCCACAGCAACACAUACUGGAAAAAAUGUUGAUCUGCCCUUGUUGUAGGUUUCGGUUUGGAGCGGAGAGUUCAUUUCCAUUCUAAACCUCACCUGUUCUCACUUUCUUAUUGUAACAAAUACAAGGUGAAAGAGGCAUGUACAGACAACUGUCUUUGCUAACUGUACAGUAAGUAUAGCAUGUUCAUUGCAAAGCUUUGUGUUAUUGCUGCUGCAGCAGCAAGAUACCUAAGGCAGGACAGUCACUUUCUCCUAAGAUACAGCUUGAGAGGCAUUUGCACAUAAAAUGUUGCUGCUUUUGUUUGUUACCUGAAUUUUAACUUCUCCACUGUUUAAAAAAAAACAAACCCAACCACAACACGAAACCAGAACCUCUCCAGAGCCUAAGUUAGGGUUUACCACAAUUCCAGUAAUCUUCAAGUAUGGAAUUACAUCUGACCUGUUUCAAACAGGAGGGUGUUUGUAAAUCAUGUUUACAAAGUGUAGUUUACUACAGAUUUUUAACUGAUUUCUGAUCAGCGCUUUCACACUGCUUUCAUCUUGAUAUGUUUGGUGAUUCUGAUAUGAAAUCAUUUAAGACUUGAAAAACCCAUGCAUCAUAAAACUCUACCUUUUUUUUUUUCCACACAAUGUCUUCAGUAGACAGUGACUUCUGGAUUCAGACCAAUCAAUAAAGGGGAUCAGUUCUCCA